AUGGCGCUGGCGAAUGGUGAGCACCACCGCGAAGGCGGCGGCGGGGACACCCAGCAGACACGGAAGCACAAGGCCCAGGAGAAAGCGUUGCUCGCGGGCCUCCAGGAGCUGCUCUCCAAGUUCGCCUCGCAGCCGGCAGAGCGCCCUCCUGCCCGGGCAUCCCCGCCCAACACCGCCGCCAAGCAGCAGAGUGCCAAGGCCAAGCGCCGCGAGGCCAAACGCCAGGCAUUCCACUCCGAAGGCCUCAUCGGAGCCAUCAAGCGCAUCAUCCAGCGCGCGGAGGCAACCGGUGACACCAAACCGCUCGUCGGCAAACUCCAGUCGGUCGUCCAGGCCGCCGUCGACGGCCGCUUCGAUAAGGCCAAGCCCAAGGCCUCGGCGCAGCAGCCCCAGCAGCCCCGCGCCCAUGCCCGGCGCCCUGCUGCCCCUGCAGACCCCACGCUCGGCUCCAGUCCGAGCCCCGGGGCGGCCGCAUCUACAGCGGCGGGUUCUUUCAAGCCUUGUUCACUCCACUGUGAUCACUGGAAGGGGAGCGUUACUAAAUCCAUCGACGACCUUUUCAAGCCUACUGCCAACCAACACUUGGUUCAUGGUGUGGUUUCUUCUGUCCCUGACGGGCUCGCUGCCGCAGCCUCGUCCGUCCCCGAGGGCGCCGCCAUCACGAUCAUCUUGGACCGCGCGGCUCCGGGGGCCAAGGCGGCGCGAGCUCCCGCUUUCGACGCCAAAGGCACGCCGAAGGUCACGCAACUAUACUACAUCCAGUUCGGGACACCGGUGGCGCCCUUGGCUUGGCAGCCGCAGAAGGGCAACGCGCUCCCGCAGGCGCCGGCCUCCAAGGUCCUACGAGUGGCAUCUUUCCGCUCUCAUCUCACAGAGUCCCAGUGGCAACUGCGGACUCGGAACUACAAGGUCGCAGUGCAAGGACGGCUUACUCAACUGCGCAUCCCUCGUUCUGACAUCAUCGACAUCUUCAGCGCGAGGCGAUCCGAGGAUGGGGCCAUUAUUAGCGUCAACAUUCGGGUCGCGGCUUCGGCUGCGACUGGGAUCGACCGGGCGAGCGGGGUGAACGGCUUCCUCGCCCGUCUCCUCCCUGACACCAAGGAUGCACCACUGACGUUUGGAGCAGUCAAGUGGCUGAAGCGCCUCGAGGAGGAGGACGGCCCCACAUUUCUGCAACGUGGCCGCGGUGAAGCGGAGCAGAUGGAUCCGUGCAUGGGACUUGCGUUUUCGAACACAGGUUCGAUUGGCAUUCGUGUCGACAGUCAGACCAAAGUACCAUCUGCCUGGCGUGUUUCUGGUUCGCCGAGGAAUUUUACCAUCCAGCAGUUCGUAACUUGGUUGAGCACCAAUGGGUGGCCACCUGUGGACGUGGCGACUGUACGCCGCCGUGUCGCUGGAGGCUCCGCGGUGUUCAUUUUCAGAGGUGUCAAUCCAGGAGGGGUCAAUGUCGCCACCACCGUUGAAGCAACGACUUCCGACGGCACCACACUCUACCUGGAGUUCGAACCGUACCGACCGACUGCAAAGCCGAAGCCCUUCCGCAACCUGCGGGAUAGCGAGCUGCGCUGGGAUCCCGCCCCGCCGACGCCUGCUCAGAGUGCCCAAGUCGCCGCCACGGAGCUUUCCUCCAAGGCCGACGCCAACGUCAAGCGAGCCAAGACCGACAACGGCGCCGCUCCUAAGGCCGACGAGGUACCGAUGGAGGAGGAGCCGACGAUCGAGGCCGUAGAGCAGCUGGGCCUCACCGUGAAGUCCGUGCCGAAGGAUGGGGCUUGUGCCUGGCACAGCCUGUCGUGGUGGUUCAUUCGUGGUAAGAAGGCUACCACCUCUCCGAAGGCGCUGCGCACCCAGACCAUCGAUUACAUGACAAAGAAAAACACUACCUUUGAGGCCAUAUGGGAUCGCCAAUGCCCUAACGGCCAGCCUUGCACUUCCUGGGCUCAGUACCUCAAGCUGAUGCACAAGGAGGACGCUUGGACAGGGGAGCUGGACCUGCUGGCUGCAGCAGACAAGUUCGGGCUCUCCAUUAUCGUCGUGCGGCCUGGUUCCCCGACCGUCCAGAUCGGCAAGGG